UAUCUGCUAUGAAUCAAUAAUCUGCUCUGUUUUGUGUGAAUAUGAAUUCGACUCUGUAUUUGGCUCCAAAAACGCGAUCAAAAUGAUAACCCAGUGAAAGUCUGGUGUGAUAGUUGCUGCUGAAUGAUCAAUUUCAUAGGAACGAAACCGAGUAUAAUCAGACUCUCACUUUACGAUUAUACGAAGAAAAGGCCUAAGUGCUAGAUUUAUAAUGGCUUACAUCCCACCGCACAAGCGGCAUUCAAAGGAAACGGAGAGGCCGUUGCCAACUCCGGAGCUACUUGCUCCUCAAUUCAAGAAAAAUUUGAAUUUGCGAUCGUCUAAAUCUAAUGCGGAUUUGGAUGGAAAGGUAAUUUAUGCAAACCAUGCUAGAUCGAGAUGGUGCAUCAUUGGUUUGGAUGAUGAGAACCAGUUUCCAUCCUCUGUUAAUCUUGAGCCCAUUUCCUGGGAAACCACUGAGAGGAGAACUGGAGAAAAGCCUCUAGCUUUAAUCAAUACUAGUCUAGAUAAGGAAGGUAGUGAGGUGAAUUGGUACUUGCCAAAGUGCCCUUGGGUAUCGUUAGCAGAAAAUGUGCUGGAAGACCUACUUUCUUCUUUUCAAAAUGUGAAGAAUGAUAUGAAGUGCCCAAAGCUUGAACAAGUAAAGCCGUCGUUGGUUGCUAGAGUGGGAAAAGUACUUUUUCAGAGGAGCCCUUCAGUUAACAUGGAAUCUAUCAGAAAUAAUUUGGAUACUGAAAUCUUGAAACAGUGGAAGAGGUCAUUUUACACGAAUCUUCCUGUUUCAUAUAAGGAAAACAUUCUAAAGGAAGUUGUCCCAAACAUUGGAGUUGAUUUUGAAGAGGAGAAGGAUGUAUACCAAGUAAAGUUAUCUGAUUCAACAAGACCAGAUUCAAUUCUCUCCUGCAAAUGUAUUGUAAUGAAAGAACAUGGAAAGCUACAACUUUACAAGAUUGAACUAAAUCAACUUCGUGACAUGGUCAUAGACAUAUCAUGCCCUAAUAAGAAUCUGGACCUGAGAGUGAUGCUAAGCACGAAGAGACCUGUAACAGCUCUGAGUGAUGAUGAGAUGCAAAGCAUUAGGGAUCUGAUUAGUUCUGCGGUUCUAGAUCCAGAUGUGAAGGGUGGGUUGAGAUGGCCGCUGGGGAAGGAGUCUUCUGGAGAUAGAUACAAAGUUGUUGGGAUUUGGCACGUAAUAGCUAAUAUGUAUACAAAUCCAUCAUUAAGACUGAAGGUAAGACAUGCUGAUCGAUUUGAUUUUAGGACCUCAACUGGGGAAGCUACCUGGGAGGUUAGUCUGAUGUUGAAAAAGGUCUUGUCAAAGUUACAGGAAGAGAAGGUUGAAGUCAGCUCGAUUUCUGAAAUUCUCGAGGAAAAUAUGAGGAUGAUAUGGGACAACUUCUUGUGCUCUGAACAUUUUCUAAUAUGAAAUUGCAUGUUGUGAAUCACUGUAUUCUAAGUCUUCCCUUUUCCACAUAAACUAAUGGCAUCACCUUCGCUGGAAGGCUUUAUUCGCCAAAUUAUUGCCAUGGUGACAGCACAAUUAUAUAUUUGUAUUAUACACUAUAGAUAUUCAUAUAUAUGCAACGAAAAUAUCAAAUUACGUAUGGC